CUUUGGCUCAUUCAUAUACUAUCUUCGUCGAAUUGGACACGCGACGCGAGUUUCAGUUUUCUGCCCGCCGGACUCGAAGCGAGCGGCACCCCCGUUGACAACGGGAACAACUUAUGAUGACCGUUCCGGAUAAUAGCAAUGUCCCGGAUGGGGCCGAUCGGAUAAUAAAAUCCAGGAGCAGCGCUUCAAAGUCAAGCAAACGAGGAACUAUCCGGUGGACAGUUGGGCUGGUGGUGCGGCUUUGUAUCUGGUAUGCUCUUCUCACGCCAUUCCUGCGCUGCCCUUCUCAGCUCUCCGACCUUACGGAUUCUUCGCCGCGAGUAUGCAAGCCAUACCUUGUUGCUCGCUCCUAUGUCGAGCCCCAUGUGAUGCCGUAUUAUGACGCUUAUGGCGCGCCAUAUGUCGAGACAGUGCGCCCGUACGUGCAGGUUCUCAAUGAGAAAGUGUACGCGCCUACUUCGCGUGUCGUCAAGCACGGGUAUGAGAGAUACGGUGCGCCCGCUUUGGAUAGAGCCCAGCUUUAUGGCCAGCAGCAGUGGGAGACUAUUGUCGUCCCACAUUUGCAGUCCGCUAAGGACAGAGCCAAUGGCCUGUAUCAGUCUCAAGUAUAUCCCCAUGUGCAAAGCGUUGAGGCGGCUUUGUCGCCAUCCUUCCACAAAGCCAACGGCGCGAUCAAGUCGGCAUACGGAGACUACCUUCUCCCCUUCGGCGCAAAAUAUAGGCCUUUCAUUGGCAAGACCUAUACAACCGGGCAGGAUAUGCUCACAACAACCGUACUUCCUUAUGCGCAAAACUCAUGGUCAGCGGCUAUCUAUUUCAUUCACAGCACAUUAUGGCCCAGAGUCACCGGAGUCUACUCUGAGAACGUCGAACCGCAGCUAGUUAAGAUCGGAGAAAGAUUAGCAAGUUACCGUGAAGAGAAGAGGCUGCGACAGGUUGCAGAGGAAGUGGAGAGUGCAUCUCAACAAGCAUCUUUUCUCACUGCACCAAAAGCUACCGAGGUGGACGACUUGACGACGUCGUCCACAACCGAGCAAGCCACCGCAACGCCUACGCUGUCGCCUACAGAACAAGCUGCGAACGCGCGCAAUAGUAUUGAGACUGACCUGCACACCUGGCAACAAAAGUUUGCUGUUGCUGCAGAGAAGGGCCUCGAGGACCUUGAAGAGCGCUUGCAAGAGAUAGUCAACGGGUUCAUUGGGAGUGGCGUACGCGCACAUGGAGAAAGCUUGGCGACCGCAUUGGAGGCUGUUGUUGACAACGAGCUUAUAGCUCUCAAGCGUCAUAUUAACAGCCUCGCCGAGUCUUUGCCAAAAGAAGACGUGCCCCAAGAGGAGCAGGCAGCGACAAACGAGCUUUUCGGAAACAUCAAAGAAGCCGCAGUGUCUAUCCGGGACCGUGCUCACGCCCUUCGAGAAUGGCGCAAUUCCUUCGACCAAGAGCUUACAAGGCGCGUUUCUUUUGCAAUCAACUCUACACUCGAUGUCCUGGAUAGCGUCCGCGAUCUUGGACUUCAAGAGGUCGGCAUGCGUUGGGCCUGGAUGGAAGGUGUCACCUACAAGGAUUGGGCUAGGUACCAUGCAUUGAAGGCACAGUUCGAGGAAUGGAAAGAUGAGUUUUUGGAAUUUGGCCUUCAGCAUGCGAAGCUUGAGGAAGCGCGAGCAGUAGCGGACGAGAUCCUGUCGCAUGGAAUGGAGAUUGCUGAGGCUGCCGCCAAGGAGCUAACCCGGCUGAGAGACGUCGGCAAGUGGAAGAUCGCCGCCAGGGAAGCGAGUGAUGACUUUGACACCAGAUCCGAGCCUCCGCCUGCAUUGCCUAAGCCCAGCCGUACCCCCGAGCCUAUUGCAGAUGAAAAUGCACCGGCAAAUGAGGCAGCCGAUGCUGAGCGUCCGGAUGGGACUGUCUUUGCGUAUGAUGCCGCCUCCCGGGUUGCAAAUGACGGACCCGACGGCGAGGAAGAGAGUAUGGCAACUGAUGAGGAACACGCUUCUCCCCAGGGCAACGGUGGAUUGCCUUCAAACUACGAAUCGACUGGCUUUUCGGGCGAUGAACAGGACCAGGCAGCCGAGACUCAGGAUGCCGACGAGUUAAAAGCAGCAUGGGGAGUAGCCGCAGCUGAUGUGAGAAUCCCGUCGGAAGAAGAAACACCACAGGCUUCUGGUCGUCCAUUGUCGUCCGAGCAACAACAAGCUGUCGCGGAUCUCGUCUCGGGUCUACUCGUGGACAAAGACUCUGCCUACGCUGAAGAAAUCAUGAACAAACUGCACUCAAUUUACGGGACCCCACAGCCAACACCAGAGCCCUCUGUGUUAUCUGACGACGCCUCUGAUGACACCUCUGAGGACGUUAGUGAUGUCGAUGCAGAUGCUUCGAAUAUCCCCAUAGCCGAAGAAGAACCUCUCCAGGAAACUGAUAACGCCUCGGAUGCACCAUCUGAAGAGGUCUUCGAGUAUAGUGCUAUCGCCGAUGACGAGGAUAGCAGCGACGAGGCACAAGACUCCCACGAGUCACUCCCCGACGAGAUCGAGGUCGAGGAGGAUCCAUCCAUGGAUAACGCCGAAUCGCACUCGGCAACUUCUGCUUCCACUACCAGCAAUGUUGUAUCUGACGAGGCCGAGGAAACCAUCAUCCCCGAAACAACCCCAGCCAGCGAAGACAGCACUGCAGAGGAGUUGUAACCUGAGACAAGACAGACAGACAGCGUUGGCUGUUGCUUGGCAAUUCUUUAUGAUUUGAUAUCCCAAAACAUUCUUGUUAUUCGCUUGAUUUACCAUCUCAGGUCGGCCCAUGAUAUUCCCCACAUAGUUUCCCCACGAUUUGUACGUCAUGAUAUAGCAUUUUCCAUUCCGCUUCAAUCCGACCUCUUAUACCACCAGAAUUUCUUUUUUCUAACU